AACGAAUUCUCGGGUCGAGUGGGCCUACAUAAUCGCUGCUCUUCGUGUUACCCUUUCCAUCAGAAUAGACAAAUGCAGUGAAAAAAUGUAGAAACACAACGCGAAUUCACCUAAUAAAGAUAGCGCAUGGAAGCCAAUUCCAUAACUGUUUACAAAAACAACAUCAGUUCUAUCAGAACCGGAUCAUGGCCAUACUUUGUGUGCGUCCUUAUAGAUAAACAAGCAAAGACAAGACACAGGUGAAAAGUUUUCACACCAAACCAAGACGUGUUCUUUGCAGGAAAAAGUGCACUUUUGCCUUGCAUGUAUUGAGGUUGUGAGUGGACAAACAAUUCCACUUCACCACUACGAUGUUCAUGGGCAUGUUUGUCGCCUUGCUUUGGGCCAGCUGUGUGGCAAGUUGUCUGGCCCUGCCUACUGACCAACCCACCACAAUGACCAUGACCAGAAAUUCUAGCCGCCAGAAACAUGUCUCGGCCACAACCCUACUCCACCCUACCUCAACCCUCCCCAGUCCAACCCCAACCCUCACCCACCCUACCUCAACCCUCCAAAGUCCUACCCCAACCCUCACCCACCUUACCUCAACCCUCCCCAGUCCUACCCCAACCCUCACCCACCUUACUUCAACCCUCCCCAGUCCUACCUCAGCCCUCCCCCACCCUACCACUCCACCACGCCUCCACCACGCAAACCACUCCCACUACCAAACCCACAGCCCCUCACAGAGCUACACCCACAGUCUACCUGCUGGUUUCACUUACUUAUAUGUGAACAUCAAUCGCAGCAUCUCGAACACUCUGGAAGACUCGCACAGACAAUUUCAGGUCGCCGGAUCCCCCCACACAUCCGCGAGUGCGCUCAGGGCAGCAGCAGAAGUAGUUCUCGCCAUGACACGUCACAUGCACUAUCGCGACUUCCGGCUCUUGUCCGAGAGAACUUCUGUCGGUGUCUUCACCAAACAAGAGAAAUUAACCAUCUACCCAAGCUACUACGCCGUCAAGAACAAUAACUGUGGACGUUCGUGCGAGGGCGAGUGCCGGGUCACGUGCGCCAGCGACAACCGAAAGUACGAAGACCUUGUCGGUUUAGGCGGGAAAAGAGCUGUGGUCCUGGAUGCAAACGUUCUGUGCACUGAUGCAGAUCCCUACAAACAUAAAGAGAACAUUCUUGCGCACGAAUUUACGCACUCUAUACACAUCUACGUGCUGGAUGCCGACAAGAAGCACAGAAUCAUCAAUGCGUACCAAUCUGCUAAGGACAACCAGACGUGGCUGGCGACUUCCUACGCCAUGUCAAACGCACUUGAGUAUUUCGCGGAGGCGUCUACCGUAUUUUUCGGGGUAAACCGGUAUAGUGCGCUCAACGCAGGCGGUAUGAACGUCUGUCGGAUGCACUACUGUGCCACAGAGAGAGAGGCGAGAGAGAAUUUGAAGGACAAAGAUAGGGCGCUCUACGAUAUCCUCGUGGACGUCUUCACCGGCGGACGGCCAAACCUGCUCUCUGGAUUGACCAUCUGUCCCACCACGUGACUUGAAAGGACUGACCAUAUUAUGUCAGGCCAAGUGACUUGAAAAGAAAACUUCCCAACAGACCCAACACAAAGUCGGAAAGAUGUUCGAAUCGGCUGCUUAGUGUAAAACUCCGACAAGGGCCAAUUUGAAAAGAGACGUAUGACGGAGUCUUACAAUAGGGAAUUGAAAUAUUCUAGGCCCUGACAGCAAACUUUUUCGAAAUAGGGGAAAAAACAACAACUGUAUCUACUUGAUGCAUUUGUCCUUGUCCUUUUCAACACAAUUUAGAAUUUGAAUUUUGACAAAAUUUACCCUGGGCACAUGCGACCGAUACCCCAGUUUAAGAAACUACCAUUUAUUAUUUGUCUCAACUUUUGGGCUUAUUUCAUCAGAACAGCUGGCCGACGAUACGAUUUUCAGCCUGGUGAAUCAUAGCAUAUUUUAUUGGAGGGCCACAAAGACAUGGAAAGAGACACACAAAGAGGCUGGCGCAUGAAAUCGGAGCUCUUUUCAAGUUUGGCCGCCUCAAUUUCUUUUCCCAGCUUCAGCAACGUUUGUUCCGUAGAAAUAAUUACUGCUGAAGUUGUAAAUUUAUUACAAUGUGAUAUCUAUCGCUCAAAUUAUAAACUUAGUAGCCUACUCAUUUGGUGUUUGAUCCUAAUAAAAUUGUUUCUGAAAUACAGAAUACAAAAAUUCAA